CCCAGAGCAGUGCACCUGCCCCGCGGCUAGGGAGAGAGAGUAAACACUCCCAACAUGCACUGAGGCGCUGGGCGUGGUUCAGGUUGCUCACACCCCACCGCGAUGGGCAACCUGGUAAUAAGUAACUGCUGCCGGCGCUCGCUCACUGUGCCCGGGAGCAGCACGGUGAGGCCAGCCAUGUGCGCUCCGCCCCGCCGGCUUCAACCAGGAGCAGGUGAGUGAGCAGGUGCCGAGACAAGGACGCCGAGACACCCGCGGGCAGCUCCGCCUCCCCACGACCGCCAGGGACGCUCGCCAGCUCGGGCUCCGCGCUGCUCGAUCGCAAGAGUCUCCUCUGCCCGGCGUGAUAAUAGCAGGGCAUCCUCGGAUCAUCUUGAGAAGGGGGAAAGGAUGACAAUGAUGGAUCACCAGUACCCUUCUUGGAUCUUUGUCAAUGAGAGGACAUUCAUAACCAGGGAACAACUUAAUUCUUUACUGGAGGCUUAUAAUGUUUUCUAUGAAAACCAGAAAAAUCUGCACAUUUUGUAUGGACAGACCGAAGAUGGACAACUGAUUGUUGAAGGAAUGCUGGAUAUCUUCUGGGGAGUAAAACGACCCAUACAGCUAAAAAUACAAGAUGAGAAGCACAUCUCUUCUUUUGAUCUGUUGAAGUCAUCGGAAACAUUUUCCAGCAAAGGGCGGAUGACUCGCUGGGGAGAGUUUGAUGACCUUUAUCGUAUCAGUGAGCUGGACAGGAGCCAAGUUCUGCUGUCUGAAGGAAGGCAUUCCCCAGAAGACUAUUUAUCUUAUCACAGCACCCUGAAGCCAUAUGCAGACGAAGAGCCAGAAUCCCCUCUGCUCUACAGGACCAUGAGUGAGGCAGCUUUGGUGAGAAAAAGGAUGAAGGCUCCCUCGAUCUACAGAAAAGACAGGAACAGCCACAGAGCCUCCAUCAACGGACACUUCUAUGACCAUGAAACAUCUAUUUUCACCCCAACCUUUGGAUCAGAAACCAAAGUCAGAACAAAUAGUAACAUGAGAACUGAAGAAGUAAUAAAGCAACUUCUCCAAAAAUUUAAGAUUGAGAAUAGCCCUCGGGAUUUUGCUCUUUACAUUAUUUUUGGAACAGGAGAGCAGAGAAAACUAAAGAAGACCGAUGUCCCGCUGCUGCAGAGGCUUCUGCAAGGACCAUCCAAAAGCAACGCUCGGAUCUUCCUCAUGGAUAAAGACACAGAAGAAAUUAGCAGUGAUGUGGCGCAGUACAUUAAUUUUCACUUUUCUUUCUUGGAAUCCAUUCUUCAAAGAUUAGAUGAGGAAGAGAAAAGGGAGACUGAAAGGGUAAUGGCAAAAUUCAAUACCGAAAGGGCCUUUAUACUGAAGUGUCUUCAGAGUAAACAGGCAGCGAAAACAGAGACCACCGUCUAGAAGCACUCACAGCACCUACUGCUAGCCUGCGUGCCUCACAGAGCUGGAGAAGAUACUGUCAAAGGAAUGGACAGUCGACCUCUGCAUUCUGGUGUGAAUGACCUUGAAGCCGUGGAAAACUGAAGGCCAAGCAGCCUGCUUCCUCUUUGAAAUGACGAGGUUGGCUGCAGUUCGGAGUUGGACUGAGGCAAAAUUGGCCUUCAUUUCAGUAAUUGAAGGAAGCCUGGAUACUGUGUAUUCCAAAUGUCAUUUAUAGCAAACUCCUUAGUGAACUCAGAUUUAAGUGGCCUCUGCUGAUAUCAUGCGGUUUAAACUUGUUUUUAUCUUGCACUCUGAAAAGAACUGAGACUUGAUGGGUUUAAGGUCUGAAUCGGUUACAUAAAAGGACAUACAGGCAGGCAAAACAUCCAUAACACAAAAAAAUAAAUAAAAAAUAAAAACCUAAACCCCAACUUUCUCAAAAUGGGCCCUUCAUUUUGCCCUCCCCCACCACACACACACACACACACACACACACACACACACACACACACACACUUCUAUUCUAGUGAUAACCUCCAAGCUGGUUUUAAGUGUCGUAAACGUUGCUUGUAUUCGUUUUCUUUAUUUUUGCAAACAAAUAUGUCACAGACAUAGAACGUACUAUAUUAGGUAGAAUAAGGUUUGACCGCAAAUACCUAGUUGUUGCUGGUGAUUGUUGUGGAUAAAAGCCAAGCUUCUAUAGCUGAUCCAGGAGGGGCAUCACAGCAUGCCUGCUGUUGUGUGUGACACUUUUGACACUUUUGAGGUACUCACAGGUCUGCUAAUGCCACUUGGAAAAAAAAUGCUAUGGAAUUUUAUUUGCAAACUCUUUAGUAGUGUGGAGUUUUAAUCAAUAUUCUUCUAGGCCAAAAAAACUUCCAUCUGAAUUCUUUAUUUUAAAUUGUUCAGUCAUGUUACCUGUACUAAGAUAAGGUUGUAUUUUCAAUAUUAAAUUGUGAAACAGCUGUAAUAGUGAGUUCCUCAUUCCCAGCGUCCCCAGACUCUGAACUGGGUGACAGCAUAGGAACACUGUGGCAUUUCUGUCCCAGGAAGUCUCCCUCAUUGAUUGAAACAAAGUCUCGUAUUUCUAAUACUUGGCCCAUCAGUCAAGAAAGGCACAGUUUCAUCUCACUGAAAAUGGACCAAACGAUCAUAAUAUAUUUAAAACCCACCCAGGUAUGGUGACAUAUCCUUGUAAUCCUACCACUCAAGAGUCAAGGCAGGAAGAUUAUUAUAAAUUCAGGCCAGCUUGGGCUACAUAGUAAAUUCCAGGCCAACCUGUGCCCCAGAGUAAGGCCGUCUCUCAAAAUUUGUGUGUGUGUGUGUGUGGUCUACAAAGUGAAUACAAAACUCAGCAAGCCUUGCAUGGAAAAAGAAAGAUGGUCUGAAAACUCACAGAAAAGAAAAUGCAAGUAACUAGUAAGUGUGUGCAAAGUAUUGCAUCUAACUGUGUUCAUCAAUUCAGGUCAGAAGAGAGAAACUACAAUAACAUGGGCAAAGUUUAGCAUGAAGAAUUAAGAAUUAAGCUAUGAUAGAACAGCAACAAUAAAGAUGGGAAGAGAACUCUGAUGGGUGCCCGGCAAAGGGAGCCCCACACAGCGCUGUCCUGAGUAUUUGGGGAGUGAGGAGAAAAUGUAGGCACAAUGAUUUUGACCAAGGAUCCAGCCUGCACUUGGUUCCAGGUUAUGCCACGACUGCCUGAAUCAAAAGCUAGAAAAGCAGGCCAAGUAGACAGAGACAGAGAAAUCUGCACCUACUGGCUGCUAGCGUUGGAGAAACCCCUGGAUGCAGUCUCCAGGAGACUGGGCUGGGGAGGUCAAAGACCUCUGAUUGCAAUGUUUUUUCUAGCACGCCCUCUGCUGGCAAUAUGUGAUAUUGUGCAGGCUGGGAAGGAAGCUUUAAAAGGGCCUCCCCUCCAAAUAUUCCUUCAGUUCUCACAAGGCUGAGAAAACGAAAACUGGCAUAUGAGCACAACAAAAUCCUUAUUAGCAAGGAUCAAAUUGUUCAACAGAUGGUGAUAUGUGCCGCAACAAGUGGAUUUUGUUUUUCCUUGAACACAAGUUAGAUGUAAAAUUUACCCUAUAAUUCUACUUGUGAAAUAGUAUGUGGAUGGAAUCAGAGAUACAAAGGCAUUUUUUCAAAGUUAUUUAUUCCACUGAUGUUUAUACUGACAAAAGGAAGUAAAGAGACUAAAUGUUCAAAAACAGAAAAAAAAUGAUUUAAAAGGCAAGGAACAUUUACUCAGAAUGUUACAGUCAUAAUUAUAUUUUAAUAACGGGGCUAAAUUCUCCUUAUAAAUAUAAGAAUAUAUUAUAAAAUACCCAUCCAUUAGGUUCAUGGAUGGGUAUUUACUUGUGUAUUUGCACGCUAAUGUCAUAUAUCCACUCACAAACCAAUAACAAGUUAUAUAUAGAUUAUAAAAUUAUAUGUUUCUCUAAUUUUUUAUAUUUAUUAAAUAUACAACAAUGUAUUAACUUUUCAAUUAGGAAAGAGAAAAUGUGUCACAUGAAAGUCAUCCACAAAGAAUAGGAAGUACAUGCAAGAAGAGAUUCCCACUAGAUGCAAAAUAUUUUAAUAUUAUUCAAAUGAGCCAUUGACUUUGUGUGGUUUUAAAAAGAUAUUUCCUAUCUGUCCUCCGUAAUCUUUCUGCGGGUUGGCCGGACAAAAUGGUUGCUUUUUAUUUUUAAUGGAAAAACAAUUAUAAACAUACGGCAUUUGAUGAGAUGUUAUAGGUUAGGAUGUGGAAUGAUUGAAUUGGGCAAUCACACUGCAUGCUUAUCACGUCUCCAAGAUGAGAACAUUUAAACAUCCACUCUUUCAGCAUCUAGAAAUUCCAAGGAACAGAGCAAAGCAGAAGAGAGAGUGUGUGACUCUUGAGAUCUGAUCACCGAGUUGCUGAGUUUCCUUGAAAGCUCCCCUGGGUCACUUCCUUAUGUGUGUGCCGAUCUGAGAGGCCCAUGAGGAAAGUCUGCUAAAUCCUGCACUGAGCCUUUCUACCCAAAGCCAGCUGAUUCUCUUCCGAUAGCAGCUAUCUGGAUGCUCGAUGCUUGUCUCAGAAGUGGAUUUCUAGGCCUCAGACAAGCCUUCAAAGGCCAGUACUUAACCCAAUAGCUUGAAUGCAACUUCUGAGAGACCCUGAGCCAGAAAACCCAGAACCACUCCUGGGUUCCUGAUCUUCAGAAACUUUGUGAAAUAAAUGUUUGCUGUGUUGUAUGGCUAAAUGCUAAGAUUGUUACAUAGCCCUAGAUUACUAAUGUGGUUUCUAAGGCCAAAUCUAUUUCAGCUAUUUUUGUAUAAUGUAAGACCAUAAAAUUUGUCAAAAAUGUUUCUCCUUGUUUUAGGUGAUCCAAAUAUUUCAUUGUCAGUUAUAUAUUAAUUAAAAUUAAAUCCCAGCUAUCAUACCACGGUUAUUAGUCAGAG